AUGAAGGAAGUAAUUGUUCGCGGAAACCCCAUUCGUGCCGAGAUUGUUGAGGUGGCGGUUCCCCAGCCAGCUCGCGAUGAAGUCCUGAUUAAGGUCAUGUGCACGGCCAGCAACCCGAAGGAUUGGAAGCUCCCCGCAUACGGCGUAGAACUGAACCAAGGCGACGACAUCGCGGGCUACGUCGAAGCGGUUGGCGCCGACGUCUACGAAUUCAAGAAAGGCGACCGCGUCGCGGCCUUCCACGAGAUGAUGCAGCCGCACGGCAGCUACGCGGAGUACGCGAUCGCGCCGGCGCACACGACGUUCCACAUCGCGUCGACGACGAGUUUCGAGGAAGCGGCAACGGUGCCGCUAGCGGCGAUGACGAGCGCGCUCGCGCUGCACAUCGAGCUCGGCCUGCCCACGCCGUGGAAGCCAGCCACGAAGCGCAUCCCGCUCAUCAUCUACGGCGGCUCCACCGCCGUCGGCGCGUUCGCUAUCAAGCUUGCCAAGCUGGCGAAUAUCGGCCCGAUCAUUGCCGUGGCUGGCAGCGGCAUCCCCUACGUAAAGUCGCUCGGCCCAGACAAGAUCGUUGAUUACCGCGAGGGGAACGUGGCCGCUGCGCUGCGUGAGGCCCUCGGCGGCGAGAAGUGCUACCACGCUAUCGACGCGAUCUCGGAGACCGAGUCGUACACCACACUGGGCGAGGUGCUCGCGAAGCCGGGAUGUACGAUCGUUACCGUGCUCCCUGGGAAGGAGUACACGGACUUCCCCGAGGAUGUCGAGAUGAAGGUUGUGAUGGUUUCGGCAGUGCACAAGGCCACGUCCGGCCCCGCCGGAAUGCCGGUGGCGCCGGAUGCGAUGGAUUUUGGACAUGCCAUGUUUAGGUUCUUUGCGAGGGCGAUGGCGGAUGGAAGGUUCUCCGGACACCCGCAGACCAUCAUUGAGGGCGGGCUCGAGGGCGUCGAUAAGGGAAUGAAACUGCUGAGCGAGGGCAAAGCGAGUGCUACGAAAUAUGUGUACCGAGUCCGCGAAGAAUAG